AGCGCAGUGUUAUAUCAUAAGUGACGAGUGAUGAAACUUGUCGUGUUUAUUGUUCUCAACAAUUAACAACGAGGUUAAUUACAAUUACGGAUUAUACAACAAAAUAUUCACUAUGACUGAUGGGCCUAGCAUUGCUGUACUCGGGGCGGGAGUGGUCGGGAUGACAGUAGCUAAGUUACUACAGGAUGAAAAUAGAAAAUUCAACAUAACAAUUAUCGCCGAUUCCUUCAAAGAAAACACGACAAGCGCGGUGGCUGCUGGUAUUUUUCGACCUGGGACGAGUUUUAGAGGCCCCACUGCAGAAAUUACUAAGAAAUGGAUCAACGACUCUUGGUAUUUUUGGCAAGAUAUUUUGAAAUCAUCAGAAGCACCCCAAGCUGGUCUAAUGUCAUUUUCCAGUUACAUAUUUUCCAAAGAACAUUACAACCUCACUAGAAACCAUCUUAUCGAAGAUUUAGUACCAAUUUAUAGAGCUGUAGACAAAAAUGAACUCAACAUUUGCGGCGAAGGAUGGAAAUAUGGAUCAUAUUUUUCGACGAUAAAAAUCGGUUGUGAGAGAUAUUUACCUUGGGUGGAAAAACAAUUUUUAGAGAAAGGUGGAAAAAUGAUAACAACCACUGUGGAGAGUUUUAACGCGCUGCCUGAAAAGUUUGAUUUGGUUUUCAACUGUACAGGUUUAGGGGCGAAAUUAUUGUGCCACGAUCACAAUUUGGUUCCGAUUCGGGGACAAGUCAUAAAGGUGAAAGCACCUUGGUUGAAAACGGCCCUAUACGGCGAUUACGAUACGUACAUCAUACCUGGGUUUGAUGGAAUAGCGACCCUAGGUGGGGUUAGGCAAUACGACAGUUAUAAUAUGAGAGUUUGUAAAUAUGACAGCGCCGCCAUAUUGGAGCGGUGUUGUGAAAUGUUGCCAGCGUUGAAAAAAGCGGAGAUCGUUGCGCAUAAGGUCGGUUUGCGGCCACAUAGAGUGCCGGUACGUGUGGAGCCGGAGAUAGUGAGCGGUGUGAAGGUGGUCCAUUGCUACGGUCAUGGAGGAUACGGUGUGACAUGCGCCCCGGGGACGGCUAUCGACGCUGUACGCAUCGGGUUAGAUUUACUAAAACUUAAUGUUAAAACUAAACUAUAAUUUUAACGUAUACCUAAAAUAAACUAAGAUUAACUACAAAAUGUUUACGAUAGAUU